GAAACACUUCUUCAAUUAUUGAUACGAGAGCCCGAUACGGAGCACAAACUGUCUCACAAGUCCUUACUGGGUUUAGAAAAAGGGCAGUCUCCCCUAUGGUUGCCUUAAAUCCUUUAUUUUUGAUGGUAAAUUGACCACAGCUUUAAUGAAAAUUUGAAGAUCUUGCUGCGGAUCACGGAUUUCAUUGACGCCCUGUAUCCGGUUGAGAGUUAACGAUAAGAGAGAGUCAUGGAUACCUUCAGCACUAAGAGCCUGGCCCUGCAGGCCCAGAAGAAGCUGAUGAGUAAAAUGGCCACCAAGUCGGUCGCUAACCUCUUCAUCGACGACACCAGCAGCGAGGUUCUGGAUGAGCUCUACCGGGUCACGAAGGAGUACACGCGGAACCGCAAGGAAUCCCAGAAAAUCAUCAAGAACCUCAUUAAGAUGGUGGUGAAACUGGGCGUGCUCUAUCGGAACGGCCAGUUCAGCGCCGAGGAGCUGGCGCUGGUGGAGCGUUUCCGCAAGAAAGUGCACACGUUGGCCAUGACGGCGGUGAGUUUCCACCAGAUCGAGUUCACGUUCGACCGGCGCGUGCUGAGCGGCCUUCUGAACGAGUGUCGCGAGCUUCUGCAUCAGGCCAUCAACCGCCACCUGACGGCCAAGUCCCACACGCGCGUCAACCACGUGUUCAACCACUUCUCCGACUGCGACUUCCUGGCCGCGCUGUACGGCCCGUCGGAGGUGUACCGGACCCACCUGCAGAGGAUCUGUGACGGCCUGAGCAAGAUGCUGGAUGACGGCAGCCUCUGA